AUGUCCGCCGCCUGCCACAAGGACCGAUUACGAGUUACUCCUCCGCGAAGCCGACCGUGUCUGCUCCACCACUGUCGCUCUCGCAAGGACAUCUCGUUCGCCGCCGCAACAAACCCAGUGCCUCGCCUUUUGAAUGCCACCUGCACGGUCCACUCGAGCAACCCGAGAGCAAGCAGUUUCAUCGAUGCGUCUCACAAACUCGAACUUCCGACCGCGGUUGACGGGUCCUGGUCGUCAACACAUGAGGAGGAAUCUCCCGGCUGCAUGAGCAGAGAAGUCGGAGCACAAGGCUCGGAGAGACUGAAGCCGGACGAUGCAUUAAUGGUUCCGCUGCACGACAUCGUCACCUUAGUUCUGGAAGUACUUGGAGAUAUUGGCACACGCGGCCCGAUUUGUGGUACAGAUGAGCCGGCAGCAUUCGGCAGAUGA